CUCUGUUGCAACGUAUGGAGGAGGAGAUGAAAGUGAAUCAAUACAUGGUUUCGGAAAAGCUACCUCGGGAAUUGGAAGUAGCUCGCAAAUACAUUGAGGAUCUGAAUAGAGUGGUUUCACAACCGGCAAUGGGACAAUCGUUUCUGGAUCAACUGAAUGCACAAGUAGGUGUUGCUGGUGGUGGUCGUCUCACUGGUCCAUGA